AUGUCCCUGGCUGGCACUCUCGCAUUCGGGACAGCAUGUCUCGCCAUGACGAGCUUCUUCAACUACUCGCCCUACAUGGCCAAAACCUCGGCCCCUGCGUCGCAAUGGGCGGACGCGCCAAUCCCGCUCGUGGCCACGCCGCAGCACCUCACAGGCAAGACUGAUCUCUUCACGGCUGGGGCCACGCACAUGGCCCUUGUGCACAAUGCCAUGAUCCGCGGCUUCAACUCCAUCUACCAGCAAGCCCCGUACAUUGACGACGAGCUCUCGUCCGACUUUGUCCAGUACUCGCUCACAUGGGCCUCGUUUGUCACGUCGCACCACGACGACGAAGAAGACAACCUCUUCGACAAGGUGUCGGACCUGCUCGACGACAAGACCGUCUGGGCAGAGACGCACAAGGAGCACGAGGCCUUCAUCGACGGCGUCGUGCAGUUCGAGCGCUACCUCAAGGGCCUCUCCAAAUCGACCGAGCUCUCCGCCGACGAGCUGCUCCGCAUCAUGGACUCCUUCCGCGCGCCGCUGGACGACCACCUCCACAGCGAGGUCCAGACGAUUGCCGCCCUUGCCGCGCACCCCCGGGCUCCGGUCGAGGGCAGCGACGCCGCCGCCGCCGCCGCGCUCGUCUUCAAGUCGUGGGGCAAGAAGACGGUCACAAAGGCCGGCGUGCUGGACGUGGUGCCGUUCUUCUUCCUCAACCUCGACCGCACGUUUGAGCGCGGCCGCUGGGCGCACUGGCCGCCCAUGCCGGCGCCCAUCCGCUGGAUCCUGACCAACGUCGUCGGCACGUACUACGGCAACUGGUGGCGCUUUGCCAGCUGCGGCGCGGACGGCAGCCCGAGAGAGCUGCUGGCGCUGGAGCGGCAUGCCAAGAAGACGAGCCAGACACCAGGUCACGCCAAAGGUGCUUUGACGUCGGCGGGCGAGAACCCUACCGCUCAUGCCGACGAGCUGUAA